UUUAAUAAUGUUAUUAUAAAGUCCACAUAUAUAUAUUUUCAUAUAUUUGUAACCAAUUGUAUAAUUGGCGCCUCUUAAAAUGUCUCGAAAUAUUAAACAAGAACUUUUUUUAUUGGAAUUUUUGGUAGAUAAGGUUAAUAUACCAUCUGUGAAAGCCAUGGAGGAGGAUAUUAUGUUGGUGAAAACGUGUAUCGAAUUUAAGAUUCUAAAUUUACCGCCAAUCGAUAUAUGCCAGGAUGCAACAGAUACUUAUUGCAGCUGCCUCGGGGACGACGGGCAGGUUUUCCGGAAGGGAAAAUCUUGUUUAUUUGCCUUACCGUGCAAUAUUCUGAAGAAACCCAUCAAAUCAUUCCCGGUUGUCAUGUCGGUCUAUAAGAAACUACCCCCAAGAGUCCUGCCGGACGUCAUGACUAUCGGCACCAACCAAAUCGAACUCCGUGACAUAAUGAAUUGCCUCCUUGAAGAAUCCUCCUCCAAGGUAGAGAAUCCCUGCAGAACACUGAAGAACAACUUUAGGAUCAAGACGGCAACCGGGCAGUGCGUCGGCGAGGUUGGCCUCUACCUACGCUUCACACAACUGGGCCGCAAAGUCGUCACGCAGUUCCAAAAUCCUCACAACAAAAAGCUUUAUCUUUUCUCAGGGGCGAAUAACAGCCCAAUUUUCCAAUGCAGGAAAGUCCCAUCCGAACUUUUGCAGAGUGACGUAUUAGAGCACUGUAUCUGCGAAAAACCUAAGUGUGGACCAAAAACUCCGGCAGUUCGAAAUUGUUGUACAGAUGGCCCGACCCUCGAUGUUAAGUCUCAUAAUUGCCCUUCUGGCGAAACUAAGAAAAAGAAGUCAAACAAGUCAAGGCCAUGCUGCUCAGGACCCAGCAAAGAACCUUCUAAAAAUGAAAACAUUGAAGAUAAAAAUGAUAACGAUGAGAAAGAAGAAAUAGAUAAGUUUGAAACAUUAAGAAAACAAAGAGAACACUGCCAGCAAGUCUGGGAGAAAUCAUGGGAAAAGAAACUCAAAGAUGAGGAACGCAUGGAGGACUACAAAGCAUGUUGUGCACCAAACGAAUUUUUUAAGAAACCAAAAAUGCAAUCUAAUAUUUGGGUUAAAGUAAAACACGAGAAAAAUAUCCAACACGUUUACAUGGCUUUUAUGUAA